AUGGGCGUCCAAUUCCGCACUGCGAACUGUAGUAGAACGUUUCGUUACAUUCGAUCGUUGCGGCAGAACGGGGCGUUUUCGCUUAGCGGUGGGCUGGUAGCUGGCCCGUCCAGCCGUGGACGUGGAGGUCGUUUCGCGCAGUCGCGAGUUUGCGAUGUCGUCGGCGCGUCGGCGUCGCGCGUUUAUGAUAAGGCGUCGACGCCGCCGUGA